AUCAAGACAACUGCAACUUUCCAUAUAGAAUCCCCGGCCAUUAUUAAACAACUCCAAAAUAAUAAUAAUAAUAAUAGGCCUUCUCCCUCCCCCUCCCUUUAAGUUUCACACACACAUCACCCAAAUUAGAAUCUCCAUCAACCAGUUGCUGCUGCUGCAAAUGUCAGAUCACCACCUUCAAUUAGAAUUAGAACAAGAACAAGAACAGCAACCGCUCCUCAUAAAGUCAGAAGAUGAAGGCGAUCUUGAUGGAUGCCUUCAACAACUGGAUUUGUAUUUGUUAUUGUUGGGAUUCAAUCAAUCGUCUUAUAUUCGAUUUGCGAUUUCAUGGGUGACGUUUUUGAUGAUUGGGGUUGUGCUUCCUGUGGUGGUACUUUUGAUGAUCACCAACUGUUUGAAAUGUGAUCUGUAUCAAGUUCAAGGCUUUGAGCUUGUUGUUGUCUCUUCCCAUGCUUCUUUGGCUGCUUCUGCUCUGCUCUGCCUUUCACAUAAUCUCAGAAAGUAUGGAAUUCGAAAGUUUUUGUUUGUUGAUCAGUAUCACGGUCAUGUUCAAAGAUUUUCAAACCAAUACCUUCACAAGAUUUCUGAAUCCAAACGAGCGCUAUUACUAUGGUUUCUUCCAUGCCUUAUUUUGAAACUUGUUCGUGAAGUUAUCCGCAUGAUGUACAUACAACACGAGUCAUGGUGGCAAUCUUGUGGCAUUUUGGUCACUUUGACUUUCUCAUGGACUUAUGUGACCAUAAUAUUUCUAUCAUCAUGUUUAGUUUUCCAUUUGGUCUGCAAUUUACAAAUUAUACAUUUUGAUGAUUACGGAAAUCUUUUGGAAAGAGAAACUGACGUCUUGGUAUUUAUUGAAGAACAUGCCCGUCUUCGCCAUCAUUUGUCGAAAAUAAGUCACAGGUUUCGGAUUUAUCUUCUACUUGUGUUCAUACUUGUCACUUCAAGCCAAUUUGCUACUUUAUUCCAGAUUACAGAGUUUAGGGAUAAAGUAACAUUCAUUAAUGGUGGUGAUUUUGCGGUUUCCUCAAUUGCACAAGUUGUGGGGAUAAUUCUAUGUUUGAAUGCUGCAGCAAAGAUUUCCCAUAGGGCACAAGGCAUUGCAUCUUUAGCAAGUAGGUGGCAUGCUUUUGCUUCAUGCGGGCCCGAUGAUGCAUCUCAAAUGAGAUUUUCAAAUAGAAAUGCAAGUUUUGAUGCUGCACAUACUUUAUUAAGAUCGGUUUCUUCAGAAAGUGAUAUGGAAGCAAUGAAUUAUAUUCCAUUUCCAACAAACGCACAACUCACAUCUUAUUUGGCUUCUUACCACAGGCGACAAGCAUUUCUUAUGUAUUUGCAGAAUAAUCCAGGUGGCAUUACUUUGUACGGUUGGACGGUUGACCGAGGUCUUAUAAACACAAUCUUCUUCAUCGAGUUGUCACUUGUUCUCUUUGUCUUUGGAAGAACAACCGUAUUCACUACAACCAAUUAAUUUUCUUGAUAUUUAUUCUGCAAGUUCAAGAGUUAAUCAAGAUUUCUUGAAGGCUCCAUGUCAUACCCAGGCCAGCUCCUAUUUAUCAUCAACAAAAUUUUGACAAUAAGCAUGCAAUUGAGGUCAACAGUCAACACGUGCCUGUCUCUUUAUAUGUGUAUAUGCAAUCUAUCUAUUGUUGUUUGUAUAGUCGGCUUCAUGGCAUUUUUAUAGUUUAGUGCUCCAAUCACAUUCGUUUGGGAGUUCCACGUGUUUGUAAAUAAGGUUAAACGAUGUCAAAUUUUGAAACCUGUGCCAUAUAACCGUUUUGCUUUAUGAUCAUUCAAUAUUUUAAGAGA